AUGGCUUGUGACGAGAUCAACGAAUACCCUCCCAUUUGUGUGGCCUCGACUACCUCAACACCAUCAAAUUCGAAUGCCCCGGCUGAUGCUGCAGCGACAAAUUUGGAUUAUCCUGAAUCUGAAGCUUAUCACUUCAAAAACAUUGAAUGGACCCCAGAUGGUACCACGAUUAUUGCAAAUUCGUCCGAUCACCAUAUCAGGUCAUACAUCUUGCCACCUGACCUAUUAGAGACCGACACACCUCAUCAUCUCUCUCCAUUUUCGACACUUCCCUCGGCUGAGCCAACAUACGCUACAGCGAUCUAUCCUUUUUACAAUCUCCAGGAUUCAUCAACUGCUCUUUUCCUUUCAUCUGUUCGAGAUCAUCCCAUCAGGCUGUCGUCGGCUUUUUCCCCGGUAAAUGUUGCAAGUUACUCGCUGGUCAACCCCACAACUGAAGCAUUUAUUACUCCUCAUUCUAUGGUCUAUCCCCCGUCAUUGGGUGGAACUCACUUUAUCACUGGAUCAGAUAGCCUUAUCUGUCUCUUCGACGUGUCUCGUACGGGGUCGGAUGGUCCAGUUUCUUGGAUUCCAACCAUUCCAAGUAAGCGAAAGCAGAUUGUGGGAGGAGGAGUCGGUAUGAAGGGUAUCGUAUCUGCAAUGGCAGUCAAUCCUUCCGGAGACGGUAUUCUAGCCGCCGGUACCUUCACUAGGCACAUUGGGCUCUACAGCUCACACGGAUCCGGGGAGUCAUUGGGAACUUUCAAUCUUGCGAGAACAAAGGCAGAUAGACGCAUUGGAGGCACAGGAGUCACUCAACUUGUCUGGAGUCCCUGUGGGCGGUACUUGUAUAUCGCGGAACGGAAAAGUGACGGAGUGCUCGUUUAUGAUAUUCGAGUGACUGGGCAAAUGCUCGGAUAUCUUCAGGGGCGCAAUGCCCUUAGUAACCAGCGGAUGAAGAUCGAUAUUGUUUCUUCCGGCCCUGAUGGUUCUCAUGAGGUCUGGGCUGGUGGAAAGGAUGGUAUCACGAGAGUAUGGAAAAACCCAAUAUAUUCCGCAGGAGGACAAGAUCCAGAUAUGGAAUUCAAGAUGCAUGAUGAUGCGGUAACAAGCACUUUAUUCCAUCCUAUGGGAUCUGUUUUGGCAACCUGUUCUGGUCAACGACAUCACCCAUCCGAUGACUUGUUAAGUGAAACAGCUCCUCUACCGAGACGGGUGGAUAACAGUUUAAAAGUCUGGUCCAUGCCAUAUCUAGCCCCUGACUGA